GUUGCUUGCCCGUUACUGUGGACGGUUGUGCCUUAAAGUCUAUUGCUUCCACCAGUUGUUCCGCCAGUGCCGAAGAAAUUGGAGCUGACUGCAUCAUCAUUUUUCCGUAAAAAUCCACCAUUGCGUUUAUUUCACUGCCAAUCUUCAUCGCAACCGAAGGGAAAGAGAGAAAGCAAAACUAAGCUGCUGAGUAGUCAGAUUGGCCACACGAACGCCGAACGCCGACUCGUACGGAUUACUUUCCCAGUUUUCUUCCGUGAAGAAAGUUGUGAGUGUGGGUCAUCCCAGCAGUGCCUUACGCGGAACCAUUGCCAAAUUCCGGUGAAACCGUGUCACGUUUUCUCAGUUUAACGAGUGCAGUGCGCGAGUUGACAAGGGUGUGAUCCAAGAGUACUGGUUUUUCCUUGAGGAACUGCUGUUUGUUUCAAGUUACCGUUCAAAAUGAGAGAAAUUGUUCAUCUGCAGGCCGGCCAGUGCGGAAACCAGAUUGGUGCUAAGUUCUGGGAAAUUAUCUCCGAGGAGCAUGGAAUCGAUGCGACUGGUAUCUAUCAUGGAGAAUCUGACUUACAGCUAGAGCGUGUCAGCGUGUACUACAAUGAAGCCUCAGCCGUAUCACGCUCAUCCGGUGGCAAAUAUGUGCCACGUGCAAUUCUGCUUGAUUUGGAGCCUGGCACCAUGGAGGCCGUACGAUCUGGACCAUACGGAAAACUUUUCCGUCCGGAUAACUUUGUGUUCGGACAAUCCGGAGCUGGCAACAACUGGGCCAAGGGACAUUACACCGAAGGAGCCGAGCUGGUUGAUGCCGUGCUGGAUGUGGUGCGUAAGGAGUGCGAGAACUGCGAUUGCCUUCAGGGAUUCCAACUGACUCAUUCGUUGGGAGGUGGAACUGGAUCCGGUAUGGGAACGCUUCUGAUUUCGAAGAUCCGGGAGGAGUAUCCAGAUAGAAUCAUGAACACGUACUCGGUUGUUCCGUCGCCUAAGGUAUCCGAUACGGUCGUCGAGCCGUACAACGCCACCCUCUCGAUUCAUCAGCUGGUGGAAAACACUGAUGAAACUUAUUGUAUCGAUAACGAAGCUCUGUACGACAUCUGCUUCCGUACGUUGAAGGUACCCAAUCCAAGCUACGGUGAUUUGAACCAUUUGGUUUCGUUGACAAUGUCCGGAGUUACCACCUGUCUGCGAUUCCCCGGCCAGUUGAAUGCUGAUUUGCGCAAACUGGCUGUCAACAUGGUUCCCUUCCCACGUCUUCACUUCUUCAUGCCUGGAUUUGCUCCGCUAACUUCGCGUGGAUCCCAGCAGUACCGGGCUUUGACUGUCCCGGAGUUAACUCAGCAGAUGUUCGAUGCUAAGAACAUGAUGGCCGCUUGCGAUCCCCGGCAUGGUCGAUAUCUGACCGUCGCUGCAGUAUUCCGUGGACGCAUGUCAAUGAAGGAAGUCGAUGAACAGAUGUUGGCCGUUCAGAACAAAAACAGUAGCUACUUCGUCGAGUGGAUUCCAAACAACGUCAAGACUGCCGUUUGUGAUAUCCCUCCGAAAGGUCUGAAAAUGUCUUCAACCUUCAUUGGAAACACCACUGCCAUUCAGGAGCUCUUCAAGCGCAUCUCGGAGCAGUUCUCCGCUAUGUUCCGUCGUAAGGCUUUCUUGCAUUGGUACACCGGCGAGGGUAUGGACGAGAUGGAAUUCACUGAGGCGGAGAGCAACAUGAACGAUCUGGUGUCCGAGUAUCAGCAGUACCAGGAAGCGACGGCCGACGAUGAGUUCGAGCAGGAAGAGUGCGCCGAUGAAAUGGAGGGCGAAUGCGUUUGAAUCAACCAACACCAGGUGGCCGACAAGCAUUUUUACUAUUUAUUAUUUUUUAGUUAGAUAAAUCGAAUCGAUGUUUUAUGUGUAUACAAACCGGAAAGAUAGUCUUUAAAAAAAAUCUAACCCGUCAUCUAAUCUUGGAUCUCAGCAUACACACUAAUCAACCAGAGAGCAUUAUGUUUGGUAAUUACAGUCCACCAGUUUUUCUUCUUCCGGUUUCCAGAAACUGUCAUUUCAGACUAUAUUAAAUAAUAAAUAAUAAAUUCAUCUAAAAUUUCUAGUUAUAUAAGUUUAAGAAAGUGAAUGUGUGAGUGUAAAGUUUUAGUAGCGUGCAAACCAGCCUCAUCCUACGGUUCCGAGCAGUAGGACUGCUAACACGAGGCCUACAUUCAGGCAAUAUUUCCGUGUGAAAGAAAUAGCUUGCAUGGCUGAGAUUCGGAUUGGUAUUAUGGCAGUUAGUAGCUUGCGAAGGGUGAGGUAGGCGAAGGUACGAUAGCUAAAAGAGAUAAAGUUGCCAAUUAUUCGAAUAUCGUGUUGGACCGGUUGAAGGAUCCAAUCAGUAGGAUCAGAUAAUUAUUCGUUCACUUAGUAAUGUAUCCAAAGAUUUUUGAUUUUUGUUAAAAUUGUCCAGCCUUUAAUAUUCAAAUAUUCAGUCAUUUUAUUUCGAACAUGAAAUUUUUGUAUUUAUAAAUCGUUCUUCCGGUGGGAGAACAAAACCAAACAGAUUUAGUCCUAGUUUUUCGAUCUAUCGCUAUUUGAUAUUUAUUAUUUUCAAUAAAUGAUGAAUUGUUAACCCAAAAGUGUAAACAGUCGAUUCCACUUGUGUAAAAAAAUAUCAUCUUACUAGUGGACUAUGACAAAAAAUCUGAUAAUUGUAAUGUUAAAACUUGAAACGUAACAAUAAAACCAUAUUUUGUAUUUAUUUGUAA